CGGCGGCUGGGCUCACCUCCGCCCUUCUCACAGCUCCCGGACGGCGUCAACAUCUCCAAGGAGGCCCGGAGCGCCAUCUCCCGCGCCGCCAGCGUCUUCGUGCUGUACGCCACAUCCUGUGCCAACAACUUCGCGAUGAAAGGGAAACGCAAGACCCUGAAUGCCAGUGAUGUGCUCUCGGCCAUGGAGGAGAUGGAGUUUCAGCGGUUCGUGGCGCCGCUAAAGGAAGCUCUGGAAGCUUACAGGAGGGAGCAGAGAGGCAAAAAGGAGGCCUCGGAGCAGAAGAAGAAGGACAAGGACAGAAAAACGGAUUCGGAAGAGCAAGACAAGAGCCGAGAGGAGGACAAUGACGAAGAGGAGGAAAGGCUGGAGGAAGAAGAGCAGAAUGAGGAGGAGGAAGUGGACAACUGAAUGAACAGGGUGAGGAGACGGGCCCGCGGAAGGGACCACUCUGAACUGCAGUCUGGGGCUCUGGGGCGCCUUUCCCUCCCUCCCGGGCAGAGCAGUCUUAGGCCGAUGGGCCGAGAAGAUCGAACAUGAAAUCUGGCCAGAAGUUAGCAAAACCAGCGCCUGCCAGACUCGGAGCAUCUGAGGAGCAGAGUCCUGUUUUGCUUCACCGGUCUGAAGGUUAUGGCUUUUUUUGGACAAGAGGGGCUCUGAACUGACCAUUCAAUCAGCCAAUACGAUCUCAUUUGCUUGUGUAUAUGAUUAGGCAGUUUUUGAUUCCCGGUUCCCUCCCACCCCCACCAAAAAUAGGAACUUCCAUGCCCCCUGCUGUGUUCCAGGUCACAGGAGGCCCUCCAGGCUCAGGAAAAACUGGGGCUUAGAUCGUGGUCAGCCUGUUUGUACAGUAUUUGGCAAUACUGGCUCAUUACAGUGAUCAGAGCGGCUUAGUUUUAGGAAACGUAAUGAAAUCUGUGGUCUCUUCACUUGACAGUAACGUUAAUUUUGGUUUCUACCAACACACUUGGCUUGGGGCCCUUCUGUAUUGCCUGUCGGCAUUUGACCUGUUAGGGGCUGCUCUCUGCACAUAGGCUUGUUAAGUCCUCAGUACAGCGUGGACGUAGUCAAGCAGGUAUGCCAGUGUCUCACUCUUAAAAAACACGUGGUUUAGUCUUCGAUGCACCUCCCUGUCUGCCACUGCACAGCUUUAGAAUCUGUUGUCACCUCCUGGGAGGUAUAAAAUCCCAGGCUUUCUCUUGUAGUCUGUGUCCCAGACUUGUGACUACGGCUUUUCGUUCUUCCAAUUCAUGACAAGUUCCAAACUUUAUUUCUAGGCACAACUUUCUCUUUCUGUGCGUCUCACUUCCUGCCUCUCCUCUGCUCCCCAUCCCCAUUUUCUCCCUCCUUUUCUCCCUCUGCCAGUCCAGAAACUUGGAUAACCUAAUCUCGUAUCUUUUGUGUGUUUUUUCUUUUUUUUUUUUUAAUCUCAUGUCUUUUAAAAAUGGUUUUGUAAACCUCUGUGAAACGUAAAGGAAAUCUGAUGGUGCUCAGGAAUCUAAUCCUCUCCCUCCCCUGUCUUGCCCUCCUCCCACCUCCCCCUUUUAACUGCUUCUAAAGUACCUCUGUUGACCUUUCUUAUGUUUGGGGAGUUUUUUCUCUCUUUCCAUUUAGUGCUCCAAGCACUUUUUUGCUUGUCUCUAAGGCAGCUGACAGGUAGUGAAGUGUAGUUUGACACUGUUAAUUUGUUAAAUUAAUUCAGUGAAAAAUUUGUUGAUGAAUGUUGAGAAAAUUAUAAGGCUUUGUACCAAUAAAGAGCACUCUUGUUAAAAGUGAUGACUCCUGCUUCA